UGAAGGAGAGAUCACCUACCUGGAGAUGUUUAUUUAAAAUAUUCACAGACCACCUACUUAAGGAAAUUUAAUUUUCUCAAAGCUCCAGCCUAACUAAAGCCCUCCGUGUAUCGUGUCCUGGGUGCUGACAGAGGAGUCUGCUGGAUUCAUCAGUCAGGCUGUUGGUGGGGCAGAAAUCACAAGUCUUAUGCAGGAAAAGGUAGACAGAUGAUGAAUCACUUCAUGAUUCUGGCAGUACUGCUCCCCCUGAGGACGUGCCACACUACAUACUCACAGCAAGAAUCUGAUGUGUUUCCAGUAACGUACCUUAAUGUUUCCAAGGAUUUGGAUCUUCAGCGGCUGCUGGUGGAAUGGGAUGUUGUCAAGUCAGCUCAUGAUGCUGAGCUGGCAAUAUCUUUUGAGAUACAAGUUCGUCGAACCAAUGAAGUUGUGUGGACAGAGUUUCAGAAUGUCACACUCGAUAAAUUGGGAAAGCCUCUUCAUUGGACAUGGGAUUCAAACAUACCUUUGGAGUGUAUGUCACAUGCUGUGAGGAUCAGAAGCAAGGCAGAAAUAUCAAAAAUCUGGAGUCAGUGGAGUUUGUGGGAGACUCUCCCAGGCCUGGACACUUCAAACAGAAGUAGGCCACAAAUCUUUCCAAAAGAAAAAGUCUUAGCAGAAGGCUCUAAUAUCACUCUUUGCUGCAUCGGAGGGAAAGGUCGAACCAUUAAGGAAUUCUCUGUAUACCCAACUGUUGAUGUUGUCAAGCGCACAAAGAAUCAAGUCAGACUUCUCACUGUGGGAAAUCUGUCACAUGACAAAGGGUCUAACAUUCAUGUCUACUGCUCUGAUGAGCAUAAGGGGUCACGUGAAGCAGCUUUCUUUGUGGGUAAACCACCUGAUACACCUAAAAAUUUUUCCUGCCAAACCCAAGACAUGAAAAGAAUAACAUGUACUUGGAGAAAAGAAGAGACCUAUCUCUAUGGAAGGAAUUCACCACAAUACACCUUGUCUAAAACGUCAUCCCAGAAAAUGGCUCUGUGUGAAGCAAGUUGUCCUGAGCAGUGCUCAUGCUCUUGGGAUAUAGGCCAGCAGCAGAUCUGGAAUGUCACAGUGACUGUGGAAAACCCACUGGGAAAGAAAUCUGCCACUGAUGUUUUUGAUGUAAAACACAGAGUGUAUCCCACUGCACCUUUUCAGGUUUGGGGAGAUUGCACAGAUACAGAAAUGACAUUACACUGGAAUUACAAAAACACUGAAAUUGAACUCUUUUGUCAGACUGAAGUGGUCCAACCUGAUGGCAAAGUAGAACUGCACAACAGCUCCGUGGCGGACUCUCGGCGCGUCACGGUGCGCGGGCUGCGGCCGCACACGGAGUACACGGCCAGGGUGCACUGUGGGGCGGCCAGGCACUUCUGGAUGUGGAGUGAGUGGAGCCAACCCCUGACCACCAGAACAAAGGAAGGAACUCCAUCAGGGGAACUGGACAUAUGGAGAGAAAUUACACCAGUUCUUGGGGGACGAAAUGUGACCUUGUUCUGGAAGCAAACACCAAGUUUUCAAGCAAAUGGAGAAGUUAUUUCAUAUGAAGUGACCUGGGAAAAAAUAGAAGAUGGCUCUCAGCCUGAAAGCAUUUCCUUUUCUUCAGUCUACAAUAGCACAAGGAUUUUCCUUGAUAACCAUUCCUACAGAAUCAGUGUCAUGGCAAAGAACAAUGUUAAUUUUUCACUUCCUUCAAUAUUGAUCAUCUCUAGAGCUACAGAUAAUAGCACUGAAGAGCUUAAGGAAGGACAGGUUAAUGGUACAGAUGAUGGCAUUUUUCUGUCCUGGGAGCCCAGAAGUAUAUAUGACAGUUACAUUAUUGAUUGGUGUAACUUUCCCAGGUUGCAGCCUUGUGAUUUGCAGUGGAAGAGAUUUGGACCCAACAUUUCCAGUGCUGUGAUCAUCUCAGCUGCUUUUGUGCCGGGGGUGAGAUAUAAAUUCCACAUCUAUGGAUCUGUUGCUAAUAGAGCCUCCUUACUGGAAAAGAAGAUUGGUUAUCUUAAGGAGCUGCCUCCUCAUCUUGACCCUAUUGUGAGAAAAGUUGAUCUGACUUACAAUUCAGUAACCCUGUCUUGGGAUUCUUAUCUCACAAAUGAGUCAGAUCCUGGUUUUGUAAGAGGCUACCAUGUUUAUGUGUCACCAAUACAAGGGAACUGCAAUUUGAAAGGAUCAAAAAAGCACAUUCUUUCAGAUGAAUCAGAACUAUGUAAAUACACAAUUGAAAACCCAGAAGAAAAGAGAUACACCGUGAAACACCUGAUGCCAAACACAAAAUACAAAAUAGUGGUUAAAGCAUUUACAGGUGGAGGAGAGACUCCCAUUGUUAACUUUAGAUACAUAGAUACACCAUAUAACUCAAACAUGCUGUACUUUAUAUUCCUGCUAGUGAUAGUUCCAACCCUAGUAGCAGCUAUUUGCCACUGGAAGAUGAAGUGGGUGAAGGAGUGGUGCUGUCCUGUAAUACCUAGUCCUAACAAGAGCAAAGUGCUGUCAUUCAAAGAGUUUAAGAUGGAUUCUGAGAAAGUGCUGAAGAUAAAUGACUGCCUUCCUGACAUGCUAGCCGUGGACAGUAAUGCUGACGCUCAUAAGUUGCAUCCUGUUACCUGGAGCCCGGUAUCUUCAACACCAACUGAAGAUAACACUGAUGGUCACAAUUCUUCAUGGAUUUACUCUAGUGAAAAUGUAGCAAGGGACUUUCCACACACAUCUACACCUCAAACUCAUACUUGUUUUGAGAAUUUUGCUUAUUCUUCUCCACUUGAGGCUGAAUCUGAUCCCUACCAAAUACUAGAGACACUGGAAGUAGGCCAGACAAACCAGGCAGUGGUGCUGUACCAACCACAAUGCUACAUAGAUAUUUUUCAUGAGGAUGCAGCCUCAACCACCAGAGAAACAGGUGAGAGAAAGAACAGUCUGAAAUACAUCUCCCAAACAGAUGUGUGCUGGCUGGGGGGGAGGCUUUGAUGUUCUGUCCUCCAGUGAGUCCAUCCAGUGUUUGGCUGCACACUAUAAAUGAGAAUUUCUAAAGCCACAACUUAUUGUGAUUAGGGCUCUCACAAGCCCACAUGCCUGACUUCCAUUAAUAGCAAAGGCAAAGCUGUUGUUCCUGGACCAGUUUUGAGCACUGAUUUGCACAGGAGUCGUGUGUGUUAUGGUUCCAUUACAACUUACGGGCAUUAGAUGAGAUUUAUAGGCUGGUUUGUGGCUUGUGUUAUGCAGCACGUUACAUCACAGCAAUCUGUCACAGGCUGAUGCAGAGAACUGCUUUAUUUUGCAGAGAUUAAACUAUUCAUAAAGUAGAGGAGCAAAUGAAACAAGGGGGAAGGUUGUGCUGCUCAAGGAGUGUAUUUCUCUUGCAGUGUUCUGUGUACUCUGGCCACCCCAGCCAGUGGGUACAGCUGGGCAUGGAGCAUUACCCAGUCAUUUUGGGGGCUGGGCUGUAUUUUCUGUCUCUCCAACAAUGUAAGGAAUCAUUGUAGAAGCAUUACCUGCACACAGUGUGGCUCAUUCCUAGAAGAUUUGAAGGAACUUUGACUUCCCGAGGAGUGCUUCCCAGAGCACCCAAAUCCACUAAUCAUCCUUUUAUUUCACUUGUGUCCUAGCUACACAUGAUGUGUGAAAGGGCACAGAAAACAGAUUUUCUUAUGGAAGACCCUUGCUUCCUUUUCUUGUAAGGGUAUUGUAUGGAAGACCUUUCUUUCCUUUUCUUCCUUCUUUUCUGGGGCUCCUCACACUUCUGCCUUCUCUGCCUAAAGACCCUUUAAAAUCAUCUUAACUAUACAUUGAAGAGAUGUAGGGAGUUAGGUGGAAAGGAGUUGGUUUUCCAGAAGGACAGAGGUAGUACCACAUGGCAAGGUCUCUGCUGGUGCACAUGAGCUGAACUUUUGGCAUUGACCCCUGCACUUCCAUAGCAAGCCCCAACCAACCAAGCAACCAGACAUGGCUGGUGUAUGAAUUCCAUUUGUGAAGGACAUCAUAUUCAGGCUGCAUACAUCUAGAUCUCCCAACAGUACUUUUGCAUUUGUUAAAAAAACAAAACCAAAAAAAUUUUUAUUGUAACACUCAGAAUCCUUACAGUAGAUAGCAGUGAAUUUGGCCUUUCAUUUUGAUUUCAGGAAAUUGUACAUUUGUAGUGAAGCAGCAGAGUUGGAAUUGUAGCUCAAAGUCUUGUCAUAUUUACCUCAGUGCACAAGGAACCCUUUGGUUUUACCCCCUUAUGCUGUUUGGAAUCUGUCACAAAGUGGUGGUUUCAACUUAAGAGCGCAGGAUAAGCAACUCUCAAAGGUGAAACAAAUGAAGGGUUUGACAAUUUGAUGUUCAGCCUGUUUGCUAAAAUGCAAUUACUUACCUUCCCUGUGUUUAAGUAGCUGAUCACACUCCUAGAAACCAAGCCAGCUGCAGACCAAGUGAGUUCUGAAACUGAAGGGUGUCUAGUUUUUAUACUGUUGCUUACAGAUAAUUGUUGUAAUGUCACAAGCUGUGUUGCAACUGGAAAAGAAGUAAGGCCUUGCACAGCCUGUGGGCUGAGACAAGCACUGCCUGCAAACAGAGGAGAAGGAA